GAAAAAGAGUAAGUAUUGUGAUAUUAAUGGAAAUUAUAAUACUUUUGAUCUCACAGUUCACGAGUUUCCAUGUCUGGUCUCUUGUGGGAUUACCAAUAAACAAAACGACACUUAAGCGCGUGUACUCCACUACGAUCCUCGAAACUAAUGAGUGUAAAACACGCUCUUCGACAUGAGAGUAUGAUUCACGUGAACUAAAUCUAUUUCCCUUCAAAUCUGAAGACUUGAACACAUUUUCUUCUUUCUUGCAUCUUUUGGGACAAAUCUCACAAAUCCACGGGUAUUUCAAUUCCCACGCUAAAGAAAAAAAAAAGAAGAAGAAGUAAUAAUCUCUGAAUCGGAAUCUCUCUCUCUCUCUCGCUGAUGAUGGAUCCAACAGAGUCACCAAGAACAUCGAAUGGCUCUUCUUCUUUGUCUCCACCAAGAUCGUACCUUAUCUUUAUGCGGAUCAUGAGCAAGAGACGGACAUGGGUUUGUCUCUUUGUAGCUGUCUACGCUAUUCUCUUGUCUUCCUCUUGGAACUUUCUCACAUCUGUGCUUAGCUGGUACAAGCUUCAGUACACCUCAUCUCCGUCGCCGUCGCGGUUACCAGCGGUUUACGCAUCUGUGGUGUUGGGAGCUGUGUUUGGAGCCAUGUCCAUGGUUGCGGCUGCUGCGGUUGCGGUUCCGGCGGUUAUGGUGAUUUGGAUAUCGGUGGUUGUGUUGCUCGCGUUUUUUGGGAAAUCGAGAAGAGUUUUGGUUGUUGAAGCUCGCAAGAUUACAAGAGAAGUGUUUGGAUUUGUCUUUAAGGUUCUCUUGAAAGAAGGCAAUGCUGUUGCUGCUGUUUGUGCUGUUUUGGGUUAUUUUAUUCUUAUCAGAAAAGAUUUUGAUUCGAUUUAGGGUUUUUAUUUUGGGAUUUUGGGUUUUUUUUUUUUGUUUCUUUGGAUUAGGGUGUUUUUUUUUCUUUUUUUUUUUAAUCUGGAAAACUUAUUAUGAAGAAACUCUUGUCUUCUGCUUUCUCUUUUUUUUUUUAACAACUUCUUGCUAAUGUAGCAAUGUAUAAUGUACAUUUUUUUAUAAACAUAGUUCAGUUCACUAUCA